CUACAGUUUAGCGCCAUUUGUACUGCAUAAUACAGAGAGUAAAGACCAAACCAGAGAGAUUUACAUUAGAAAGAAAAAAACAUGUGAAAUAUUUUCUAUGACAACCUCUGCAUUAUUACAAAGAAGCACAACAAUGGAGAAGAUGAUUCAGAUACAAUACGACCAUUUCUCUUCUAUUAACUUGUGGUGACCUGUGAUGCCCUGAACUACCUCAUUUCAUUUUUCUAAUCUUGAAUCAUUUUAUUAUUAUAUAAAAUAAAAGGUUUGUGUAGCUUCAUUGCAUUGUUAUUUAUCACUGCCUCUGGCGUUGACUUUGGGCUCCUUACCCUACAUAUAUAUAUACACACCUACAUACAUACAUAUCAUUGUCAUGAUCAUCUUGUUCACUUAAUUAGGGUUUACAGAUUCAUUUGUGAGUUCUGAGUUUAAGGAGGACCAUCGGUGUAAGCAAAGAGCGAAGCUAUCUAUAGUAUUGUUGUGAAACAAUCAUUGAGAAGGAUUCCGCAGAGAAGGACACUUGUCAAUCGCAAAGGAAAAGGAAGGAACCAGUUUUGCAUGAGGUUGAUGGCUCAAGUGGUGCAGCAAAGAAACAAGACCAUAACGCCAAGGAACGUCUUAGGAGGAUGAGACUUCAUGCCUCUUACCUCACUCUCGGCACUCUUCUUCCUGAUCAUUCUUCUUCUUCUUCCAAGAAGAAAUGGUCUGCACCGUCUAUAAUCGAUAAUGUAAUCUCUUACAUUCCUAAGCUGCAAAAUGAAGUUGGAGAGCUGACUCUAAGAAAGCAGAAGCUUGUGGAGUUAGAGAGACGUGGUCCUUCGAUUCGAGCAAUCUCGGUUCUUGAGUUGGGGGAAUCGGGUUAUGAGGCUGUUGUACAGAUAUGCUUGAAGAAGGAAAACGAAGACGAGUUCUCGAACCUCCUUCAUGUAAUGGAGGUGCAAGGUUUGAGUAUUUUAAGUGCUUCUACUUCUCAAGUUUGCCGGGAGCAAAGGGUGGUUUGCUACAACUUUCAUGUCAAGAUGGAAGAGAAGCCAUGUGAAGGUGAUGACUACAUCACAUUGUUAAAGAACAACAUCAUAUCUUCGCUUCGUGGCAACACAAAAUGCAAAUGAUAUAUAUACAUAAUGAGGUAAUAGAAUCAAUGGGAAUAUCUUUGAUGAUGCCAUAUCACAAUAGUCAUUCCUCUUCUUGCUUAGAUCAUGUGUUUGUUUUGGUGUUUGAAAUCAAAACUAACUUUUAUCAUACUCUCAGUUCUAUAUAGAUUUAGAAGUUAUUUUUUUAUCUCCCUAUGCUAGAAAAAGAACCGUUUAGUAUGCCUCAAGAUCAGAGUUCGAAUCUCAGGUUUAAUUAAGAAGUGUGACUAAUUUUUACUUGUUCUGGUCUCGGACGUCCAAGAAAAUUAUGGACCAAAUGUCGUCGUAACUUGUUGUUUCAUGCAUGUUCUGUAAUGGUUAUGUUUUGGUUGAGCAACGUUGGUUUUAGGCGGCUUCAAGGUUCAAGCAAAGCUGAACUCGAGUACAGUCCAACAGAGAGAGAGUGUUCUCUACGAUACAAAAACUACCUUAUAGUUUUCUUUUUAGUCAGAUUUAAGCAUUGUUCUCAUAACGGAAAAAAAUCUGAGAUCCUUACAUCAACACACAAUUCUCAUAACUAAAUCGUGUACGGUGUAUGUAAAAUAUGUUCGGACAAUAUGAACAUUAUUAACUUGUA